AUGGCGUUUUUGAAUUGGAGGAAAGGCAAAACAGACCAUCAUUUACCAACUUAUAAUGAUACUAAGAAAUCAGAUGACAAUUCUAACCAAUUGGGAACUUCAAAAAAAUUAAAACCAAGAAAGAAACUUUUAGUUCCCUUCAAUAUUAAUAAACUAAAUAGUAAAAAAACUCUAUUGUCAUUAAUUGGAUUAAUUGGAGUCAGCUUUAUCUUGUUCAAGUAUAUUAUCGUACCAUUGUGUUUAUAUUUGAAUACCCCUUAUGACAUACAUCAGUAUAUUGCCAAUUUGCAAAAGAAAGAAGACAAUACAAAAACAAAUUAUAAAACAACAAUUUUAACUGAAAAGGAAUACUAUGAUUAUGAUUUCGAAACUAUAGAUCAUAAUAUAAUCAGUAAAUUUGAUCAAGGUAUACCAAAUUAUUUAUUAUCCCAAUUUGGUUCCGAUAGAAUUGAUAAUCUAGAAAAUAAAAAAGUUUAUGAUUUUGAAUUAAGCCAAUUAUACGACUCAACAAUUGAGUUAUAUGAUCUAUCCAAAUUUAAUGGGAAUCCAAACGGAGAAGAGCAAAGAGAUCAUAUCUUACUAUGCGUACCUUUAAGAGAUGCUGAAGAAGUCUUACCUUUAAUGUUUAGAAAUUUAAUGAACAUAACAUAUCCACACGAAUUAAUUGAUUUGGCAUUCUUAGUUAGUGAUUGUUCUGAAGGCGAUAACACUUUGCAAGCUUUAAAGACAUAUGUGCAACAUUUGCAGAAUGGAACUCUAAGUGAUGUGUUAAAAGAUAUUGAUAUUGUCCAAAAUUACAUUAAUUCAAACACAAACAAGAAACUUUAUUUAAAAUAUAUGACACAAGAAUAUUUGGAAAAAGUUAAAAAAGCAUUUUUACCACCAUAUCAUGAUAAUUAUGACAAACCAUUCAGAUCAGUUCAAAUCUAUGAAAAAAAUUUUGGUCAAGUUAUUGGUCAAGGUUUUAGUGAUAGACAUGCAGUUAAAGUUCAAGGUAUCAGAAGAAAAUUGAUGGGUCGUGCUAGAAAUUGGUUAAUGGCAAAUGCUUUAAAACCAUAUCAUGCGUGGGUUUAUUGGAGAGAUGCAGACGUAGAAUUUUGUCCUGGUUCAAUCAUACAAGAUUUGAUGAAUAAAAAUUAUGAUAUCAUGGUUCCAAAUGUCUGGCGACCAUUACCUGGCUUUCUAGAUGGUCAACAACCCUAUGAUCUGAAUUCUUGGAUGGAAUCAGACGAAGCAUUAAAAUUAGCGAAAACUUUGGAUGAAGAUGAUGUCAUUGUUGAAGGUUAUGCAGAAUAUCCAACAUGGAGAGUACAUUUAGCAUAUAUUCGUGAGGCUACCGGUGAUCCAAACCAGGUUGUUGAUCUAGAUGGCGUGGGUGGUGUUUCAAUUCUUGCCAGAGCAAAAUUAUUCAGAAAUGGCAUUCAUUUCCCUGCAUUCACAUUUGAAAAUCACGCUGAAACAGAAGCUUUUGGUAAAAUGGCAAAGAAAAUGGGGUAUAAAGUUGGUGGCUUACCACAUUACACAAUAUGGCAUAUCUAUGAACCAAGUGAUGACGAUCUUAGAGAAAUUGCAAAUAGAGAAAGACCUAAUAAAAAAAAUUAA